AUGCCUCCUUUCCAUGCCAAGAAAGGGCUUAGACAGGGUGAUCCCUUGUCUCCUUUCUUGUUUGUUCUUGCAAUGGAAUAUUUGACUAGAAUUCUCAAAGACCUGAUCCAUCAGCCACAGUUUCUAUUCCACCCCAGGUGUAAGAAGCUUCAAGUUAUACAACUAGGCUUUGCUGAUGACUUGCUACUAUUUUGCAAAGGAGAGCUGCAAUCAGUGCAACUAUUAUUUCAAAGUUUCCAGAGGUUCUCUAGUUCAUCUGGGCUGGUGGCAAACAUUGAUAAAAGCUCCAUUUAUUUUGGAGGGGAGUUUUGGUCCCAAGCUUUUGUAUUACCUAAAAUAAUGAUUGAAUUGGUUAAGUCUACAUGCAGAACCUUUUUGUGGACAGGAGAUGUAUCUGGGUCCAAUAAAACACUUAUAGCUUGGGAGAGAUUAUGCUUGCUUAGAGUAGCUGGAGGACUGAACAUUCUAGACAUAUAUACAUGGAAUCAGGCUGCUAUUAGAAAGAUGCUUUGGAACAUUUGCAGGAAAAAAGACACAUUAUGGGUAAAAUGGAUUCACACCUACUAUGUAAAAACUGGAGAAAUUUGGAACACAAAGGUUGCAAAAGUAUCUUGGAUGGUCAAAAAGAUACUCAAAGCAACAUGGUUGUUUGACCAAACUGGAUGUUCUGAGAAUAUGAUGGCUGGAAUGGAAUCCUACUCUAUCAAAUGGUUCUACAAAGCUCUGAGAGGGGACUAUCCUAAAGUGGUUUGGAGGAGAUUAUUAUGCAAUAACUCUGGACUCCCUAAAUGGCUAUUCAUACUGUAUCUUGCUUUGAAUAGGAGACUCCAGACAAAAGAUAGGAUUGCUUGUUGGGCAAACUUGGAUGAUCCUAUGUGA